GCACCUCUGCCUGGGCCUUACCAUCCACCGACUGCGUGAGGAUGAGCUCCAGGUUGCCUUUGGGCCGGUGUUUCGUGUCCUCAGCGAGCUUGUAGACGCGGUGCCGCCGGUGCAGGCGCGGCUUCCGGCCCUCUCCCGCUAGCGGCACCUUCCACCAGCGCUCCACAAUGACCGUGCCCUGGCGGCCGGGGAAGCGAGGCAUCACUUAUAAGGAACAGGAGGACUUGACACUCCGACCCCGUUGCUGUCUUCAGUGCUCCGAGUCCCUAGUUGGCCUUCACAGGGGCAGAAGCAGCAAGCAGGGUGAUCAAGACCAGCUUAAAGAACUGUAUUCGGCUGGGAACCUGACGGUGCUGGCUACUGACCCACUGCUUCACCAGGACCCGGUGCAGUUAGACUUCCACUUCCGCCUCACCCCCCAGACCUCUGCCCAUUGGCACGGCCUUCUUUGUGACCACAGACUCUUCCUAGAUAUCCCAUACCGGGCCUUGGAUCAAGGCAGCCGGGAAAGUUUGGCUGCAACACUGGAGUAUGUGGAGGAGAAGACCAAUGUGGAUUCUGUGCUUGUAAACUUCCAAAACAACCGGAAUGACAGAGGUGCCCUGCUACGGGCCUUCAGCUACAUGGGCUUUGAAGUGGUCAGACCAGAUCACCCGGCCCUUCCUCCCUGGAACAAUGUCAUCUUUAUGGUGUAUCCCCUUGAAAGGGACCUAGGCCACCUGCCCAGUGAAACUCCCUGAACAUGCUUAUUCUUACUCUGUGAAGGGCUCAGAGCCUUGAUAAAUGAGAACCAGGGGCCCAGGAUGUGAUUCAGAACACCUUCCAUCUUAGGAAUAAAGGGUAGUGCAAUC